GAUCCACCACCACCCCGCUGUUUCCAACGCUCUCUUCUUCACGACGGCACACACUUUUUUGCAACUAAAUAAAUAAUUUGUAAUUACUCAUAGUUCCUGAUUCCAAUUGGUGUGCAGCUCAUUAUCUGUACCAGACCAAGGAGGAUAACACACAGACGAGAUAACUGACUCAUUCAUCAUCAAAUAGUCACUGUCGGUAUUGGCAAAGCUACUUCCUUUCAAGCAUGAGAACGAGUUUUUAGUUCUCAAACAACAAUGGUUGUGCUCCAGUAAUGAAAGAAUUGUCUUGCGACUACUUCUUACAUCGCGGAUUGCUGUCAAGUGUCAAGUUUACUCAUUUGUCAUUCCAAAUACACUUUAAUGAACGGAAAUCGAAUUAUUCGUGUUAUUGGGCGUAUUGUUUGAAGCACGGUUCGUUCAGUCUUUCGUGGAAGGUGUGUAACUUUGGUGGUGGGGAAACAGUAAGGAGAACAAGAAGUCGUCGCAACGACGUGACCAACAACGGAGAAGUAUCAGGCUCUCCACCUUCUAGAAGACGAAGACCGGGGGAUGGGCGGGUUGACGGGUCAACUGAAAUGCAAAGUCAGGCAUUUCCUCUGCCUAGUCAUCUCCGUUGCAUUGACGUCUUUUGUCUUAUCAAUCUACAACCAAAAACAGCCCCACACUCUUCAAGACAUUGUUACUCAGACGCACAAACAAUUUGAAUCUCUAAAGGAGAAUUUGCAAGCUGGAGUUGGAGUUGGUGAUGGUUGGGGAGGAGAUAAGCAUUUGGAUGUCGAGGACAAGUAUCUCAGCCUCCUGGGCUUCAUUCGCGACCCAUCUGGGAAGGAGACGACACAGGCUCAAAAACUUGGACUGGAGGCUGCCGAAUUAUCUGUGCGCAACAACAAUGGAACCGUUCCUAUCCUUGUUGUAACUGCAGUCAACAAGGGACAGUUAUUUCAGUUUGAAGAUUUUUUGACAAACGUCCAAUCAGCACUUCCAGCCAACCCAAUUAUUGUUUGGAACAUUGAACCAGAGGCACGGGUUGAAGAAGAUGACGAAUUUACAUUGAGCCUAAAACAGUCUUGCAAUUCAUCGUUAUGUUUCGUUAAGCGUUUCUCAUUUUCGGAUUAUCCGGAUCAUGUCAAGGAUCUCAGUUUUCGAGCUUACAGACCUCUAAUUCUACAGAUAAUGAUGGAUGCAGGAAACACAUGCUCUUUGUGGCUGGAUAUUGAUAGAAGAUUUAUUGCUCAGACCAAGUUGAAUCUCAGCCGAUUUUUGGAAUUGGCAAAAACUGGUGGAAGCAAUGGUGUUGUUGGAUGGCCGUCUGGUCAUCCUACGUCUUCGCUAACACAUCCUAAAAUGUUUGCAUACUUUGAAACAACGGCAGAGAACUUUUAUUUUCAUCGGAUGAUUGAUCCAUCACAACUUUUGUUGUGCAAAACUGAAGAUUUGCAGUCCAAGGUUAUGAAACCUUGGGUUGCAUGCAGUUUGAAGAAAGAGUGCAUUGCUCCAUUUGGAUCGCAAUCAGGGGGAUGCCGAUUUGAUAAGAAACCUUUAUAUCGAUAUUCCGGGUGUCACGGAUAUGAUUCAUCAGCUCUAAAUGUUGCACUGGGUGUUGCAUUUCCAAUACACCAGCCAUACAUUUCUCGAGCACCUCUUACAAAGCCAGUCCAACUGCUAAUGAUCAACUCCACAGCUUCAUUAUGAUAAUCGAUGACCAAUUAAGGAGUCGUCGUCGUCGUCGUCGUCGUCACCCCCACUCGUCACAGCAACAACACAGUGAUUGGAUAUAUGUACGCAUCCACUUGCACAAAGAAAUACAUAAAGUGCUUGAUCAGCUCUCUCCCCUUUGUCCCUGCAAGAAUCAAAAAGGGGUUUACUCUGAUAUAGUCAUUGCCAGUGAAGUAGAAGAUUGAUAAUCAAAUCAACGAGUGAGGAUGAACAGCCUCGCCUUAAAAAAUAUAAUAAUUGGACAGAAUAAGACACAGGAAUAAUAGUACCUUAUUUACAUCCCCUGUCUGUCCCAACUCAGUAUCUGUAUUAUAAUAAUGCAACAGCUUCUGUGAUGUUAUACACACACGCGAUUCAUAUAUGCUCAUUCCGAUAUGGGUUUCGGAUCAGAAACAUUUAGCGACCUCACUCAUCUCACCCAAAAGAUAAUAUUAUGGAAAUGUUUUGCAUAUUGAAAAAUGUAUUACUUACUACUGCAUUUCGUUCAUUACUAAUAUUGAUAUGUAUUAUUCGAUGUACACAUAAUUUCCACUUUGUUGUAAAUUGUGCGUUAAUUCUGUAUACGUAUCAUCAGGAAAAGCUAAUAUGUGUCUUUCCGCUAAAUGUCCAUGGUACGUUCCAAAAGUUCAAGUCGUCAUUCAUCACUCCACCCGGCGGAGGGUGGGUCAUUUUAAAUAACGGCAUUUCUUUACUAGUCAUCAAAACCAAACACUGUAUGCGACAUAAUUUUUUAACGCCAUUUGUUUCGUGGUUCGGCGCAGAAUCCGCAAACGUGUCCACGUUUUCUACAACAUUUUUACCGUUAAUAAUAGCACUAAUUAUUAUUUAGUCGCCCACAUUGUUAUCUCUCUGUCUGAUAUUUUUAUUAUAAUUAAUUAAGUACAAUUUAUGUAAUUGAUAUACCUACAUAAUAUAUACACACAUGCAUACCUUGUACCUUACAGAACUGCAACACAAAUGUAUUACUCACUCCACACAGCCCCAACAGAUCGGCAAUUGUAUUAUAUAAUGAAUAUAAUUAUUGUAAAAUCAAAGCAAGUGAUAGUGAAAAAAGCUGACAAGUAUAUACUUAGCUGACCAAUAAAAUAAUCUCUGAACCUGAUA